AUGUCGACUCCGGUGGAACAUGCAAAUAAGGGGAUUGAAGCAGGUCCCCAGUCAACAACUGCAACACCAAACUCCACAACCAAUGUUUCAGAUAUAAAAACAGUCAAAGUCAGCAAUGUCUCUCAAGCUAUUUCUGACAGGGAUAUCAAAGAAUUCUUUUCAUUCUCUGGAGAUAUACAAUAUGUUGAAAUGCAGAGAGAAACUGAAAACACCCAGCUUGCCUAUGUUACCUUCAAGGAUUCACAAGGAGCAGAUACAGCAGUUCUCCUCUCGGGAGCCACCGUAGCUGAUCUUUCUGUCACCAUUACGCCAGUUGACGAUUAUAAGCUGCCACCUGAAGCCGUCCCACUCCCAUCAAGCCCGGAGAAAAAGCCUGCUGUGGCUAUUUCUGCUGUAAGGAAGGCAGAAGCUGUGGCCAGCGCUAUGCUUGCCAAGGGUUACAUCUUAGGAAAGGAUGCCAUUAACAAGGCAAAAGCCUUUGAUGAGAGGCAUCAACUAAUGUCAAAUGCCUCUGCCACAGUUGUUACAAUUGACCAGAAGAUGGGUCUGAUGGAGAAGCUAAGGGCUGGAACAGCUGUUGUCAAUGAAAAGGUGAGGGAGAUGGAUCAAAGGUUCAUGGUCUCGGAAAAGACCAAAUCUGCCUUUGCUGUUGCUGAGCAGAAGGCAAGCAGUGCAGGGUCUGCUCUCAUGAGCAACCCUUACAUAUUGACUGGAGCUUCGUGGGUUUCAAAUGCACUCAGCGCAGUUUCAAAGGUAGCUGAGGAUGUGGGCAUGAUGACCAAGGAGAAGGUGGACAGGGCCGAGGAGGAGAAAAAGGAGAUCGAACACCGGCAGAGGACAGAGGUCAUCACCGACUUUGCCCAGACCCAUCUUGAUGAGUCUUCUGGUAGGGUUCCUCCUGCAGUUUCAGCCAGUUAUCCCGAUGACACGAAGCUGGGAGUUAAAUGA